AUGCUGUGGGUACGUACGCGAUCGUUCAAGCCGGGGAAUGCGUUCUGGAUCAUAGGAGCGCACACGGACAGCCCGUGCGUGAAGUUAAAGCCCAACAGCAAGGCGAGCAAGGCGGGGUUCCUGUCCGUGGCCGUGCAGACGUACGGAGGGGGCCUGUGGCACACGUGGUUCGACCGCGACCUUGGGAUUGCCGGGAGGGUCAUCCUCCGCCACGUGGACGGGGAGGCAGGGGGAGAAGGGGGGGCAGGAGAGGGAGGCGGGGAAGGAGGGAAGGUUGGGUCAGUGGCGCGGGUGCGAUUGGAGCAUCGGCUGGUGCAGAUUGAUCGCCCCAUAAUGCGCAUUCCCACGCUCGCUAUCCACCUCGACAGGUGGGUCCAUUCUCCCCUUAGCAAUUCACCUGGAUAG